AUGGACCAGAUGGCAGAUGAAAUUACUCUGAGAGGCGAUGUGAAAGACAAAGGGAGAGUAAACACUGCUGAGGAGAGCGCUACGUGGGUGAGAGGAGAAAGGAUAGAAAGUGAGGCUCAAGUCAGCGGCUGGAAACUUGGUGCCUCCGCAGACACUGGGCCUCGGGAGACUGGUAGAGACACAGACACUCAGCAGCCUGGAGAGUGUGACAGCUCUUCUUCCCCUCUGCUCUCUUUGAAAAAGUACCUGAGGAGGCCUUCCUCUGCAGCAUCCUCCACCACAGACUCUGUGUCUUCUUCUCAGCAGAUUGACUGUGCAGGAAUUGUCCUGAACUUUCUCUUCUGCCGGUUCUACGAUAUGAUCCUCAUGCUACCUGACUCCUGUGAGAGAGUUGUCAAUCACUGCUGCCCCAACUACAGACAAGUUGUCACCUCGAUGGAGUCUACUCCCAGCAGUACCGAUGACUCCUGCGUGGAACUGGACUGUGGUCUGUUCGGUUCCUGUGAUGAUGCAAGUGACUGUCUGGAGUUGGCUAUGGAGCUUUCUGAAUUAUGCUAUCACUAA